AUGCCUCCGAUACUAAACGCGAAUGGAGCAACAAAUUCAUCAACAGCUAUUUCGAGCCAUGUGUCAGACCAAGACGAUGAAAGUCAAAAUGACUUGGAGUCUUCCGAUCCAGGCUUCAAUACUCCCUACAUAUUCAUCGCAAGAGACAGUCAGGGAGUAUCUCAUCGACGAGUGGCGAUGCAUGAUAUUGGUAGGACGCAGUCUGGUGUUACCCGCAAAUUCGUUAAAGACUUGGGCUACACAACUCUACCUCUUCCACCGACAAUACGUUGCCAGUCGCGAGAAACAGCCUAUGGACUGCCUCUUUUCGAAGAAUUCGUUUGUCUAGAAGUCUUCGGGACUCUGUCUGGUACAUCAAUCAUUCACGUCGGAGUAUUUGCCGAUGAGCAUCAACCGGACGGCCCCGACAUCUUUGUCUGCCCCAAAACACAGCGAAAAGUGAUCCGCAUACAUGGAAUAUCCAUGGCAUCUCAAGAAAGUCUGUGUCGGGACAAUUCCUGCGAGGAAACACCCGCGAGUCUCAGCAAGCUGUCUCAUGCACCGACCAAGGCGAAGGUUGAAAUGGAAACCCAGCUGUUUCCCGCUACUUCUGUUAGCAGCUAUCAAGAUUGCGGACCCGCCCCGGGAACUCAAGGUUUAGAAGCCGUCGAUGAUGAUAUCUCGGGCGAGAACCAAGAGUCGAUGCUAGAUCUCCAGGACUUUCGCAGUGGGUUUGAAAGCGCUCCGGUCUUCACAUCUCAGGGUCUACCUCAGUCUUCGUCACCGACAUCAAUUGAGUCAUGGGGGACAUCAUCUUACUCAAAACAAGAACAGUCUGUUGAUAGAGGAGAAUUUGUAUCACAAGAGCCCAUUGAGAACUUGGAGUCGAGGGAGUAG